AUGGCGAACUGUUCAGUAUGCAGAGCGAAUCUGAGAACCUUUAAAGAUGAUUUAAGAGAGCGAUGUGUGACUAUAACAGGAUUUCCUAUAACCACAGUUGAAAAGAACGUGACAUCUUUAUUGCCAUGUCAAAGGGCACAUCAAAAGAGAGAUGGAUCUGCAUGGAUUGUCCUGUUUUCAGAUUCUCAGGAGGCACAUUGGUGGUUGAAAUAUAUGAGUCCAUACAAUGUCGGAAAGAUUACGCUUAUGAUUACAGACAGUGAUGCAAUAGAUAUUCCUGAAGAUUGGUUUAAGAAAGAAAAUUGUGGACUGGGUGGAGCACAAGUUGCCGUUAUUUGCAAUGAUGCUCAAUUUACAGAGGACGAGCAGCAGAUUGAAUUUAGUCUUUACAACGAUAUCAUCUUAGAGAAAAGGACCAGGAAAGAAGGGCAAUAA